AUGGGUCGUGUCAUCCGUGCCCAGCGUCGGGCCCACCCCAUCUUCAACGCCCAUACGCACCACAACAAAAACCCCGCCCGCCUGCGGAAUCUCGACUACGCUGAGCGCAACGGCUACAUCCGGGGAAUCGUGAAGGAGAUCAUCCAUGACGCUGGCCGUGGAGCACCCCUUGCGCGCGUCGUUUUCCGGGACCCCUACCGCUACAAGCUUCGCAAGGAAACCUUUAUCGCAACCGAGGGUCUCCACACUGGGGCUUUCGUCUACUGCGGAAAGAAGGCCACCCUCGCUGUUGGAAACACACUCCCCGUUGGCCUCUGCCCUGAGGGUACCAUCGUCUGCAACGUCGAGGAGAAGGUCGGUGACCGUGGUGCGCUUGCUCGCACUUCUGGCAACUACGCAACUGUCAUUGGCCACACCCCCGACGACAACAAGACCCGAAUCCGUCUCCCGAGUGGUGCGAAGAAGACUGUCUCUGGCUCGGCUCGUGCAACCAUUGGAAUCGUUGCUGGCGGUGGCCGCAUCGACAAGCCGUUGCUCAAGGCUGGUCGGGCAUACUACAAAUUCAAGGCCAAGCGCUACAACUGGCCUCGUACUCGUGGUGUGGCGAUGAACCCCGUUGACCAUCCUCACGGUGGUGGUAACCACCAACAUAUCGGCAAAGCCUCGACCAUUGCGCGCUCGGCUGUUCCCGGUCAGAAAGUCGGUCUCAUUGCUGCCCGGCGGACGGGUCUGCUGCGUGGUACAGUCAACGUCAAGGAGGUGUAG